CUUCUAUCUCUCUCUCUCUCUCUCGUAUCCAACAACAAAGCUAACACAUUCACAGAGAGAGACACACACACACACAAAAGCUAAAGAGCGAAAAUGGCAGCGACGGCUCUCUCCACCGCAAGCUCAAUCCUUUCCUCAUCAUCUCCCACUCUCACCUCCGCCCACCCCUUCCUCUCCCGACCCACCACACUCGAAUUCCCAUCUCGCUUCGGCCUUUCCUCCUCCUCCUCGACCCUCACCCACCGCGCGACCCACCUCCGCCCCCUCGCCGCCGUCGAAGCCCCGGAGAAAAUUGAGAAAAUCGGAUCCGAGAUCUCGUCCCUCACCCUCGAGGAAGCCCGCAUCCUCGUCGACUACCUCCAGGACAAGUUCGGCGUCUCGCCUCUCUCCUUGGCUCCCGCCGCAGCGGCUGUCGCAGCUCCGGGAGACGGCGGCGGCGCGGCGGCUGUCGUCGAGGAGCAGACGGAGUUCGAUGUGGUGAUUAACGAGGUGCCUAGCAGCUCGCGUAUCGCGGUGAUUAAGGCGGUGAGGGCGUUGACUAGCUUGGCGUUGAAGGAGGCGAAGGAGCUUAUCGAAGGGCUGCCGAAGAAGUUUAAGGAAGGUGUGACGAAGGAUGAGGCUGAGGAGGCUAAGAAGCAGCUCGAAGAAGCUGGUGCUAAGGUUUCCAUUGCUUAAAAUGUUAAUUAACAAUCGCAACUUUUUUUUAUUUUAAAAAAUGUGUUUUUUUUUCGGAGUUUAUGGGGUUGUUUUGUUUGAAUUGUUGGUUAAGCUUUGAGAAAGUAAUGUAAUUUGAAUCAAUUUCAUUUCGGUU